AUGGGAGAUCGGAACUUCUUGGGUGUCAUCCUGGAGGAUGUUCAUUCCCACUCAACUAUAGUGGGGAAAAUCUGGCUGACCAUCCUCUUCAUCUUCCAAAUGCUGGUACUUGGUGUGCCUGCUGAGGAUGUCUGGGAUGAUGAAGAGUUAGCAUCUGCCUGCAAUACUCAACAACUUGGCUGCAACAAUAUCUGUUAUGAUGAUGCUUUCCCUAACUCUUUGAUCAGGUUCUGGUUUUUACAGAUCAUCUUUGUAUCUUCUCCAUCUCUAGCAUAUAUGGGGCAUUCACUUUAUAGGCUCAGGGCCUUUGAGAAGGAGAGGCAGAAGAAAAAGUCACACCUUCGAGGCCAGAUGGAGAAUCCAGGGCUUGACUUGGAGGAGCAACAAAGGAUAGGUAGGGAAUUGAGGAGGUUAGAGGAGCAGAAGAGGAUCCAUAAAGUCCCCCAAGGAAGUCUGCUGUGUACUUAUAUUUUAUACAUCUUGACCAGAUCUGUGCUUGAAGUAGGGUUCAUGAUAGGCCAAUAUAUUCACUAUGGUUUUCAAAUUCACCCCCUUUACAAAUGCACCCAAAUUCCUUGCCCCAAUGAAGUGGAUUGCUUUGUAUCCAGGCUUACAGAGAAGACCAUUUUUAUGCUUUUUAUGCGUAGCAUUGCAGCCAUCUCCUUGUUCCUCAAUGUACUGGAAAUAUUUCAUCUGGGUAUUGGGAAAAUCAUGAGGGCACUUUAUAAGAAAUCAAGCAAUGAGGACAUUGAGGGUGAAAGGGACCCUCCAUGCCAUUUGAAGAAAUAUUCAGUGGCUCAGGAGUGUUUGGUUUGCUCUUCCUAGCCUGAUAGAAUCUCUCCACUUCAAGCUAACAACCAGCAUCAAAUAAUCCAAGUCAAUGUGCCAAAAUCUAAACCCACCUGGCAUAUCCCACAGGGAAGAAAGUUGAAGUUGAUCCUUGCUGUGGCAAAAGACUGGAUUCAGAAGGAUCAGCACAGCGGACAGCUCCACGACCACAUCCCUUGUCCCCAAGAAGGCAGUGUCAGGAUUCAGAACCUUGGACAGCACCGACAUCCCUCCUUUCGCCCGCAAAAUACCAUCAUCCAGUCCUGGCUCGGUAGCACAAUGGCCCCUAGACACUGUCCAUCCUAUGCAGUAGGAACCUGGGAGCAACCCCUGGACCUAAAACCCCCAGUUGUGCCUCUCACAGAUCUGCACGGUCACAGCAGGGGCAGUGAUGGCAGCAUGAGAGAGAGUGUCUGGACAAACAGAUCUUAUACGGGCAGUUGCAAGGCCAGCUUUCUGUCCAGAUUGUUGUCUGAAAAGGGACAGCAGCACAGUGACUCAGGAAGCUCCAGUUCUUGGAAUACCUCCUGCUUGAACUUUCCACACCAGGAAAACAGCCCCUCACCUCUGUCUUCAGCCACUGGCCAAAGAACAUUAAUGGCUGGAGGGGCUCACGGGCUGCUCUGCGAGACACGGAGCACUGGGGGGACGCAGGAGCUGAUCCCCCCAACAUAUGUCCCUGUGGAAUCACGGGCAUACCUUCCUGUAAACAUGGGCUGGGCCGGCACGCCCCAGCACCAAGGGAAGCUGCUCUCUGUGGGUUGCAAGCCAACCAGUUUUGCAGCAAGAGAAGAAAAUGAUCAACAGCCCCAGAAAGAAAUCUGCCUUCUGACAACAGACCAGCGCAAGAACCCCAGAGUUCACCUCAAAGCAUUUGGAGAAGGAAGGGAGAAAGAAAUGCUUUUGCCUGUGUCAGGGACAGAUGUCAGGAUCGCAUCUGCCCUGCUGUCUCCUACUCUGGACAGACAGUGUCGCCACCGCUGUCUUUCCUUGCCUGAGCAAGGGGUAGCACCAUUGCGAAGACAACAGAUGAACAGUGCCACGGGCUGA